AGCAAGGAGGUCAUCGCCCUAUUGCUCGCGCAUUCCCGAGUCCUGUGUUCGUCUCCGAACGACCCGUCCUUUUCCAACCAGCCUUCUCUUCCUGCAAGAUUCUUUCUUUUUGAGUGGGUAACCUGUUCGAUUGCCAGCAUGCAGUAUGGUGAAGACGUUUACAAUGACCCGGCUGCUUACGGUCCCGGCUACGAAUUGGCAGCCUACGGGUCCACCCCUGGUACCCCAGGUGACUACUAUACACCGGCGUCUCCCGGCGAAUUCACGCCAGCCGAACCCGAAGCCAAGGAACCGAGUUCGCCGGGCAGCGGUAUGUGGCUAACGACAGUGGUGUUGACCACGGCAAUCUUACUCCUCGUCGCCACAUCUGUUGCCGCUGUGAUGAUCAUGGCGAACAGAUCUGGCUCCUCCCGGAAUGAGGCGAGUGAGACCGCGGUACAACACGGAAGCCGGGGGCUUGUGUUACCACAAGAGGGCCACACGAACUUGACUACCCCCAUCCGGCCAGCACAGCGUCCGACGGGGCAGCCUUCCAGACGGGUUUAUCUGCCACCGGCCGCAUCGACAGAAGCAAUCGAACAGAUGCCCCUGCUGUGCGUGAUGGGCGAGAAAUUCCGCUCACCCAAAGUGUUCCCGGAUGAUGGCAUCUGCGACUACAUCUUCUUCGACUCACUCUUCAAGAGCGACCGCAACUGGCUGUCCCGACCGGCCACCUACAGCUACACACUGAGUACUUUCCUUAACGACCACCCUCCCUAUAGAAGCACGACCCUCGGAAUUGGCUUCGCGUACAACAACUUGGCGACAGCGGAGGAUGACUUGAAAAGGAGAAACCCGAAUCCGCUUGCACAGUUCUGGAGCAGGGGCAUCUGCCACGCGGGGAUCUUGGACACUCCCGUCAUGACGUCCAGAAACCAGACACUGGCGGCCGUUGCCACACUCAAGGAGAUAAACAGCCUGCUUGACAUUCCGAGACAGCGGGGGAACCCCUGUAUCACUGCGCUUACCGUACCAGAUCCGGAGCUCGACUGGAGUUUGGAGUAUGCGAUGAAUUUCAGAGACCUAGACUUCAACCCGCACCUGCUCAUAUCUUUGGGCCACUACCGGUUCGGCGACAACACGGUAAAGGACUGCGCCAUCAUGCCCCCGACACGGCACCCGUUCGACACUCCACCAGACGACAUCACCAAUAGCUACAACUAUGAUCUGGCCACUACAGUAUACAGCAUUCGAGAAUUCUAUCUAAAGACAAUGAACAUCAGAGGGCUCGUGUCCGUCACCAUGAAGGGUCGUUGGACGGUGCCCCUGUCCAGUGAGAAAGUGGACUUUUUCUCACGCUGCUUAUCUGAUCCGACUGCCAACUCCUUCGGCAGCUACACGGAGGUGUGCCCGAGGACCAGCUUAGAGCCAGGUGACAAAAAUAGGGCUGAGUUCACUUACUCGGACCAGCAUUGCGCCAUGAUCACCUACAUCCCAGGCAUCAACCGCGCAUUCGUCUACGACAACGAGGAGGGAUUAGCUGUCAAGCUUUGCAGCGCAAAGUCCGACUACCCUGAGCUGAAAUUCGGCAUCGCCGCCUUCGACAUCGAGUACGACGACUACGACAACAAGUGCGCUUCCCUAAACAUGUAUGGCCGGAACAGCCGCUUGAAGCAGCUGAAGAUGGUAGUGGACUAUUUCAGGGGCCAUAGUAACCACAAUUUUAAAGAAGAAGCUUGCAGAAUCAUCUGGGAGUAAAACCAUCGCGGUAGACGUUGUGCUUUUGCAUUGGCGGUCGCUUAAUUGCCACAGCAAUCCGGUUAAAUACAAUACGCCUGGCUCCGUGGUUCCAAAUGUAGUAUUUUCUGCUGCGUAUAGUUCAAUGCAACAAUACACCGAUAAUAAGUGG